UGCUCGUACCGGAUGAUUGUAACGUAUCGUUUCACGCGAAAUCGUUGGCAGCCGUGGACACGGUAGCCUCGGCAACAGGCAUAAAUUCAAUUCCGUAAACACAAGCACGAAUUGUCGUGUGCCGAGGGUUACACGAAAAAAAGGCCUCCCGCCCGAUGUAUGAAGAUGUGAAUGCUCCGCGACGGCUCGCACUUCCUUCCGCGUUCGCCCGAAAGAUUCAUUCUCGUGCAAAGACCUCGCGUCUCGGGACCGCGUUAUCGCCGACCAUCAAGUUCCGUCAUCGCCGCCGCUGCGACGAUGUCGGAGAAGAAGACCGCUGAGAAAGUCUCCGAAAUUGAUGCUCAUAUUAGCAAACAGUACGAUAUCGUGAAACGUCUUGGCAAAGGGGCUUAUGGUAUAGUAUGGAAGGCGAUCGAAAAGAAAAGGAAGGACACCGUCGCGGUGAAGAAGAUCUUCGACGCCUUCAGAAACCAAACGGAUGCGCAGCGCACAUUCCGCGAGAUUAUGUUCUUACUGUCGUUCGCCAAUCAUGAGAACAUCAUCAAGUUGAUUGGGCUCCACAAGGCGAACAAUGAUCGGGACAUUUACCUCGUUUUCGAAUACAUGGAAACUGAUCUUCACAAUGUCAUUAAGCGGGGCAACAUCCUUAAGGACAUCCACAAGAUUUUCAUCAUGUACCAACUCUUUAAGGCAAUCAAGUACAUACAUUCGGGCAACGUUAUCCAUAGAGAUUUGAAGCCGUCCAAUGUGCUUCUGAAUGCACAAUGCCAUUGCAAGAUCGCAGAUUUUGGUCUGGCACGUUCAGUGACACAAAUCGGUGAAGGUGACGGCGAGACUGGAAGUGAUCCUACCUUAACAGACUACGUCGCCACUCGGUGGUAUCGCGCGCCAGAAAUUCUCAUUGCUUCAAAGAGGUACACAAGGGGAAUAGAUAUGUGGUCCUUAGGCUGUAUUCUCGGCGAAAUGCUAUUGGGGAAGCCGCUCUUUCCCGGUUCAUCGACGAUAAACCAAGUUGAGAGAAUAAUGGCGACCCUGCCCCCGCCGACAGACGAAGAUCUAAUAUCGGUCAGCGCCGGUUACGGAACCAAUUUGUUGGAGAAAGCGCCUAAUGGACCUAGAAGAACUUUAAAAGAUUUGUUGCCGGAAGUGUCGGAGAAAGCUUUAGACCUUAUCAGCAAUUUGAUAGUCUUUAAUCCUACGCAACGACUCACCGCUAUUGAAGCGCUAGAACAUCCCUACGUCGCCGAUUUUCACCGAAGAGGGAACGAACCGGAAAGGGGCUCCAGCGUUGUGCCAUUGCUGAGUGAUGAUGUGCAGCUUUCCGUCGACGAAUACAGAAAUAAGCUUUACGCGAUGAUGGAUGAAAAACAUAGGAAGCAUAAGAAUAUGUCAAAGUCUAGAUUGCGGCGAUUAUCUGAAAGUAUCUGGAAAGAAACUAGUAAAAGUAAUCCGGUAAUCGGCCAAGGUGACACAAUUAUUACGUGCCCGUCAUUGCCAAAUAGAAAGACCAUCAGAUCAUCUCUGGGUGACAAUACUGCGCGCGUUACGAAAGUACGAACGAUAAAUGUAAUGGCGCCGGUACAGGAAACCUUAAUAAAUUCCCGACACAAUGUUAGGAACGUAGCAACGCAAUACGCCUGUAGCUUGACAAACGGCAGUUUGGGAAACGUACCUCCAGCAGCGGCCAAAAGCUGUUUCUACCUUAACCAACAACAGAAUUCGCAGUUGUCAAAAUCCCAGCGUUCCAUACAGUCCGAUCAGAUAGCAAUGCGCGGUGCCGGAAGCAGAUCGAAUCAAUUAGCGAUGCCGGCACCUCGCGCCAAACUACGACGGGGCUAUAGACAGCAGAUCCUCGCUCAAGCACCGAAGUCUCUUACCUCGGCGAUCGCUCAUUGCCACGGUGACGAUCAUCGACCUAGAACGAUAGCCGCGAAGCCAAUCAUAAUCGGUAAUAGUCCAAAAGAUAUCAGACAACCGCUGAUAUCCAGCAACAUCACAAGACACUUCGCGAGGACUGAAAGAGUCAGUAGUCCGGAGUCACCGUAUGUCGUCAGCCAUCAUCAGGCCAUCCGCAAUUAUUUAAAUCAAACGAUGCCACUGCCGGCGCAGCAACAGUCUCGUGAACGAAAUCGCAUGUCUUGCCAAAACAGGAGCAAUCUCGUCGAUAGAUCGUGCAUCAGUGCCGAUACCGAGGUGAUCAACAAUCGUGUCAGAAGCGUGGCGCGCAAUCAGGCGAGCCGGUUACAAUCAAGACACAGUUUCGACAAUAGCUGCGUCAUCCAGAAAAGAUUGUCAACGACGUGCGACAGAUCGGGAUUCUUGGACAGUCACAAUCAGAGCCACGGCGUGAUAGCGGCAUCAAUCUACAAGAAUCUUUGUAACGGAACUAUAAACUGGUAAGCGUGCGGUGGACGGGUUUCUCUCAUGGAGAAGCGAAAAUUAAAUGAGAUAAUUGCGCAACGAUCGUUCUGCUUCUUCUUUGGAUGACAUCCCACAGGAUCUGGAAAUGAGAUGCGUGAAAAUUUAAUGUACGAGAUCCAUUCAGUGAUUUCGAUGGCGACGAUACGAUUGAAUUUUGGUGUGUGUGUGUGUGUACAUAUAUGUGUGAAUGUCCCGAGGACUUUCGUGGGAAGUUUGCAAUCCGAUAAAUUAAAUCUGCGGUUAAAGUCUCUUUCAAUUUACGCCAGAAAAGAUACAAAACAUAUAACGUACUUACAAAUGUUCUAUGUGUUUCUCCUAUAUAUUUAUUUUUUCUCUAAACCAAUUUC